UGAAUAAUGUAUAAUUAUCUGCCACAAAAUAUUAUUUGUGAAGUCAUAUUGUGGCAAGAUGAGUAUGGCGUUACAGCAUCGUGAUCAAAGCCCAAGAAAAUCGUUUAUGAAUGGAAGUCGUGCGAAUAAUAGACAAAGUAAAACUAAAACUCGUUCAUCCGACGAUGAUCAGUUAGUUGAGCAUAUUAGACGAUUCAGCAGCCUUUCACAAGAAGAGUUCCUGAGAAUGAAAGACGCUGAGCAACAAGAUGAUUUCUUUACGUUACGAAAUGCUCAAGAUAUCAAAAAUCCCGAUACAGAAAGCGAUACCCAGUCGAUGCUAUCUGUAAAGUUGGUUCCUAAUUCAUUUCGUCGUGUUUUAGGAGUGAAAGAGAUCUGCUCAAAGCAGGGAACAUUUCUACAUCGAACUAUUGAACUCCAUCAUAAACCUGGGGAGUCACUGGGAUUUUUGAUAAGACAAGGUGAUGGCUGGAGUAGAAGAGACGGCGUUUUUGUAUCAAGACUUAUACUGGGAACAGAUGUUGAUAAUUUUGAAUUGCUACGAGUCGGAGAUGAAAUAAUUCGCGUUAACAAAGUGGAUGUUCGUGCGAUGAGUGUCAAUGAUGUGAGUGCUCUUAUGCAAAUGGCAAAGCGAUUAAUAAUUACUGUCAAGGUUUUGACGCCGUUAUCGAAGAAAAAGUUGCUUUCUUUAAGUAAUAGUACACGCACACGGUUCAGUUCAACUUCUACAAACCCAAAAUUGAGCAAAGACACACAGGAGAGAUUUGCGACAUCACACACAAGUGUUCAAUAUAACAAUAUACCUCGUAUCUAUAGUCAUCGGACUAAUUUUAAAAUUGCAAGCCUUCCAAUAGGAAGGAAUGCAAUUGAUAACAAAAUAAUUCAAAGUCCAACUCUAUCGCGAUCUCGUUCUUAUAAUGGCCGUAACCCAACUAUAGGCAAACGGGCAUUGUCGCCUAUUUACGAAACAAACGAUGCUCAAAUUGAACCAAAUGGGAUUUUGACAACAGGAAGACGUAAGAGUAUUAGUGGGGGUAGUAAUUCAGUGAGUUGGUACGAUCAGGUGUCAGCAAACACGACUGACAAAACAAACAAAACGGCGAAGUCAUGGAGAUAGCGCACAUUGAGCCGCAAAAAGAGUUUUUCUUGAAAGUUUCUCGCUUAAAUAUUUCGCGCUCGCGUGUAGAAUUACAAUCACGCUUAUUUUGUUCAUAUGAAGUCAAUAUUUAUCACGACAACUUUGUGAAUGUGCCACUACACUAUCAAAAUGAGUAACAGUAAAAGCGUAUAGAGAUUUUUUCAAGAAAAGCUUUUUAACUUAUGCAUCUUAAACUUCGAGCUACUAAAGCAACUAAACAAAAAAGCAAAUUAUCUUUAACCUUGCGUAUAAAAAAAAACGCAAUAAAACAAACCUUAACACCUUUUACGACAACAAAAAUAAGAUACAAUGGUAGUAAGAGAAACGUAGAUAUUCGCAUCUAAACAUGUAAUAUUUUUAUUACUUCUUUCUGGUUUCACCACACUUUUACUAAAAGCAAACUCACAAAGCUGUUUUCUGUAUUAAUAGAAAAAGGCAUAUGUUAAAAUUUGUCUAAAGUGGGGAAUAUAUUAAAUUUGUUUAAUAUUUAUUGCAAAUGGAAAGGCAAUCCCCGGCAGACGAGGGCUAAAAACAGUUUAACCUUGUAUUCAAUCAUUUCGGACUCUGAAUUGCCCUUUCCCAAACCGGAACUUGACGCUUGUAAUGAGUUUAAAAAAGUGAUUUCCAAAUAAAAACAGCUUUGUGAAAAUAUUAACAACCACUCGAACUUAUAAUAAUAAUAACUUAGUAUAUACAUAAGUGUUUGCACCUAAUUGAUAAUACAUUUUGAAAACAAUAUUACACGCGUGCCUAACAGCAUGGCUUGAAAGCUUCUAAUUUGUUUAAAUCGUGGUCUACUUUAUCAUUAAAGUAUUGAAAAUUUA